AUGCCACGCCCAGAUGCAGCUGUCAACCCGGAAGUCACGAAACGCUCCUCACCUAUCACAGCUGAUUCUACUCCUGCCUCCCCUUCAACGAGCACACCGGCGUAUACCCUCGGGACUGAUGGCGACAUUGAUGCAUUCCUUAGCGGUAUCAUUGACGACAAUGCCAUCGCUGACGAACCCAGCGACGAGGAGUACUGCAUGUUUGCCGAUCAAGGUUCUGACGAUGAUGGCGUGGAAAUCGAUGAUCCGUCAGAUGAAUCCGGCGUGGGCUCAGUCGAUCCUUUUGACUUUGUGUACUCAAACCUACCAGACAGCACGCACAUGUUGGAGAAAGUACCGGAUUGCAAAAACUGCAAGGCCAAGAGGUUUGAGCAUGAGCCCCCUGGUUUCUGCUGUCGAAAUGGCCAGAUCAGACUGGCUGAACAACGUCCUAUCCCGGAGCUCAUGAGGUUAUGGUCCAGCGCGGAUGCGGACUCUCGACAUUUUCGACAAAGUAUCCGAUUCUUCAACGGCCACUUCGCCUUCACAACGCUUGGCGUCACCCUCGACGACAGCUGCACGAAUAUGAGCUCCGGGGUUUACACAUUCCGGGCGAACGGCUCUUUGUACCGUAACGUGCAUUCUUUCGGGCCCGGCUCUCGUCCUGAACAUCUGCAGUUGUACUUCUACGACGAUGAUCCUAGCCUGACCCAUCGCAAGGAAGCUACCAAGCAACUGGACCAGGAGGUUGUCCGGAAGUUGACGAACAUCAUGAGAGCAAAUCCCUACUCCGAGACAUUAAGGACGCUGGGUGCCCAUAGGGACAACCUCCAGGAUUACCGGAUAGAAGUGAACACCGAUCAAAAGCUAGACCAAAGGCGAUACAAUCUACCGAUGGCGUCUGAGGUGGCUGCCAUCUGGGUCGAGGGGAGCGACCUGGUGAAUAGGUUCAAACGCAGCAUUACCCUGCACGGGAACAACAAUGAGAGGUACAGCAUACAAGCCACGCAGGGGUGCUACGACCCAAUGUCAUAUCCCCUCUUCUUCCCAAAGGGGGAGCUCGGUUGGCAUCCAAAUCUUCCCAAACAUGCGGAGUCUUGGGAAGCUGCGCAGCUACCACGAGCAAACCGUGGUGCCAAUGAAGAGGGUAGUGGCAAUAUUUGUGUCUCCGUCAGGGACUACUAUUGUUACAGGCUACAGACGCGUCCUGCGAUAUUCAACCCCAUACUGCACGGAGGGCGCCUAUUCCAGCAAUGGGCGGUCGACAUGUACAUAAAGAUCGAGGGUUGCAGAUUAAAUUGGUUCAGAGAGCACCAGCCGGAGAUACGUGCCGACUUAUAUAAAGGCAUUGUUGAUAGCAUCACGGCUGGGGAGACACGAGCAAGCGCUGUUGGCAUUAGGACUGUUCUCCCCGGUACGUUCCAGGGGUGCUACAGAGACAUGAAGAAAAGGCACAUGGACGCCAUGGCAUUGGUGACGACGUACGGCAAGCCUGACGUCUUCCUAACGAUGACCUGCAAUCCUAACUGGCCAGAGAUACAGGAUGAGUUGUUUCCUGGUCAAACCGCGCAGGACCGACCUGAUCUUGUGGCCCGAGUGUUCAGGGCCAAGCUAGAGACCAUGAAAGAUAUGCUGACUAAGGAGCAUAUCAUAGGCGUUGUGAAGGCGUACGUCUACGUGGUAGAGUUCCAAAAGAGGGGCCUGCCACAUGCCCAUUUCCUGUUGAUCAUGGAUUCAAGAUAUAAGCUUGUUGUGCCAGAACAGUAUGAUCGUGUCAUAUCCGCCGAGCUUCCUGACAAGCAUAAGUACCCUGAACUUUACGCCAUGGUCGUCAAGCAUAUGAUGCAUGGCCCAUGCGGUGUGCUGAAGCCCAAGAACGUGUGCAUGCAAGAAGGGAAGUGCAAGUGCAGGUACCCUCGGGAGUUCAACCAGACCACCGUACAGGGAAAGGACUCCUACCCUCUGUACAGGAGACGAAAAGAUGGAAGUUCAGCGAAGGUCCGCGGUCAGAUGCUAGACAACAGAUGGGUAGUGCCCUACAACCCUUACCUGCUCCGCAUGUUCAACUGCCACAUCAACGUGGAGGUGUGCUCUAGCAUAAAGGCUGUCAAGUACCUAUACAAAUACAUAUACAAGGGCCACGAUCAGACUUCGUUCAACAUUGACAUACCUGACGCUCAAGGUAACAUUGACGAGAUCAAGAGAUUCGUUGACGCGAGGUGGGUUACUCCUCCGGAAGCAAUGUGGAGGAUAUUCGGGUUCAUUCUCUGUGAGAACUACCCAUCGGUCCUACAGCUACCGCUACAUCUGGAGGGCAUGCACAGAGUCACAUUCAAAGAAGGAGAUGACCUGAACAAUGUUCUUGCCAGUGAUGGCGCGGACAAGUCUAUGCUGACGGAGUAUUUCAAGACUAACCGGGACCGCGACGAUGCAAGACAUAUUCUGUACAAGGACUUUCCAGGAACGUUCAGAUGGCUAUCAACAAAGGUAUGGCAGAAGAGGAAAAACCGGGUUUUCCAAGUAGGACGAAUCGUUUCAGCCAAUCCUGCCGAGGGGGAUCGGUACUUUCUAAGGGUGCUUCUAAACCACGUAACAGGCUCCCAGUCCUUCCAAGACCUGAAAACAGUUGACGGUGUGCUAUGUGAUAACUUCCGGCAGGCCGCCGAGAAGAGGGGUCUCAUCGAGGCCGACAACACCCUCGACCAGUGUCUUACUGAGUCAGCCCAAUGGGCCAUGCCAGUCUUGCUCAGGAGGCUAUUCGCGACAAUCUUGGUAUUCUGUGAGGCCAGCGACAUUCGCGGUCUAUGGGAUAGGCACCUAGAGGAUAUGUCUGAUGACUUCAGGCGACGUCACACGUGCCCUACCGCGGUGGAGCAGGAGGUGUUGCUUGACAUCAGGGGCAUGCUGCAGUCCAUGGGCAAAGACAUAAAGUCGUUCCCUCUUCCGGACAUUGAUGAUAAUUAUGACAACACGGAAGGGGAGGCGAGGGAGGUCAUUGAGGAAAUGGCUAUCGUCGUUGAUGAACAUGACAAAUCUCUUGCGUCCUCACUGAACACCGAGCAGCUGAGGGCAUAUGACGAAAUAUUGGCCGCAGUCGACCGAGACCAAGGGGGUGUAUUCUUUGUCGAUGGUCCUGGAGGCACUGGGAAGACCUUCCUGUACAGGGCAUUGCUUGCUAAAGUUCGAGGUGAGAAAAAGAUCGCAGUGGCCACAGCGACGUCAGGUGUCGCUGCUUCCAUCAUGCCUGGAGGUAGGACCGCCCACUCGAGAUUCAAGAUCCCACUCAACAUUGAUGCAGAAGGGUCAUCGUGCAACUUCACCAAACAAUGUGGGACAGCCAAGCUCCUAAGGAUGGCUUCGCUCAUCCUAUGGGAUGAGGCCACAAUGACAAAGCGGCAAGCGGUUGAGGCACUGGACAAGAGCAUGCGUGACAUCAUGGGCCGACGGGACCGGCCUUUCGGGGGCAAGACCGUCGUGUUUGGUGGAGAUUUCAGGCAGGUGCUUCCGGUUGUCAGGAAAGGGAGCCGAGGUCAGAUAGUCGAGGCGACCCUGCGGAGUUCGUACCUCUGGAAGGAAAUGCGCCCGCUAAGGCUUGUCACCAACAUGAGGGCGCAUAACGACCAGUGGUUUGCAGAUUACCUAUUGAGGGUAGGAAAUGGCACCGAGGAGACAGACGAGGAAGGCAACAUCCGACUCGCAGAAGAUAUAUGUGUGCCUUCAACAGACAACGAGGUCGACGACUUAGAGAAGCUAAUCAACCAUGUGUUUCCUGCCCUGGACCACAACAUGACAGAUCCUGGUUACAUGACAUCUCGAGCAAUCCUCUCCACCAAAAACGAUAAUGUGGAUAUAAUAAACCUACGGAUGAUAGAUCGUUUCCAGGGAGAGGAGAAGAUCUACCAUAGCUUUGAUAGUGCAGAAGACGAUCCGCAUGGAUACUACUCUCAAGAGUUCUUGAACGACCUGACUCCUAAUGGUCUUCCUCCUCACACACUUAAGCUGAAGAUAAACUGCCCUAUUAUACUCUUAAGGAACAUUGACCCAGCUAGCGGGCUGUGUAACGGCACAAGGCUCGUGGUCCGUGGGUUUCAAAGGAACGCCAUCGACGCCGAGAUCGUGGUGGGACAACAUGCUGGGGAGAGGGUGUUUCUUCCUCGGAUACCUCUCUGCCCCUCCGAUGACGACAUGUUCCCGUUCAAAUUUAAGAGAAAGCAAUUCCCGGUAAGACUCAGCUUUGCCAUGACGAUCAACAAGGCGCAAGGACAGACCAUUCCGAUUGUCGGCGUCUACCUACCUGAGCCGGUAUUCUCCCAUGGUCAGCUCUACGUGGCGUUGUCAAGAGCCACAACAAAGAGUAACAUAAAGAUCCUGGCCAUCAAGGACAAUGGAAAGGACAAGACCAAGAAACCAAAAAAGCGAAAAAGAUCUGAGUCCUUAGUAACAACAACGGUGAAUAUAGUCUACAAGGAAGUCUUAAGCGGUUGA